AUGCCGAACGUGGGUGGACCCUCUCAGUCGAAACGCAGUCUGCUAAUGAGCGUUGUGCACUCCAGAUUACUCUACGGCGCCCAAGUAUGGGCCGACAGAGUUCAAGGCUUGGCGAAAGCGAGAGAAUUACUGUCAAUGGCUCAGAGGACAGCCKMCUUGAGAGUAGCCAGGUGCUACCGUACGGUAUCGGACAUGGCAGCGCAAGUACUUGCGAGAAUGCCCCCCGCCUUCCUCCUGGCACUGGAGAGGAAGAGAGUUGGCGAGUCUAGGAAGACAGGCGUGCACCUAACCAAGUUGCCUGCACGAGAAGAGACUAUUAGACAAUGGCAGGCCCUUACCAACCAUGGCUGUUUUCAGAAGUACCUGUACUCAAAACAGAGAGCCCAGCAGCCGUCAUGUGUGCACUGUGAUGCCGAGGUGGAUGACGCCGAGCACACAAUAUUYGAUUGUGCAUUUUGGGAAGCGGAAAGAGCGGAGCUAGUGCGGUUACUAGGAAGGCAACCCCGACCAUUAGAUGUGCAGGAUUUGCUAUGUGGACCUCGAGCAGUGGACCUACCGACCGAAGGUAAGCUAAAGAGCGCCAUUCUAGGAAAGGCCCUAACCUUGUCAAGAAGCUUCACUGGCAUGGUAGAAGCCAUAUUGGGGAAGAAACAGGUUCUGGAGAGAGAAAGGCAGUGGAAUGGCUAG